AGGGGUACUUUUGUCUAAUCAUGCAGUGAUUGAAAUGCAUCUGGUUGACGUACUGUCCAGAAUUAUUUCUUACAGGUCACUGAGGAAGAAUGGGAGAGGUGAGGGCCUAUGGGAGCUGGAAUUGCCUCCACCACCUCCAACAUGGCUUGCUGCUGAGCUGGCCAGACUCUUCCCUCCUCAUCAACCAUACUUGCAGCUUCCUCACCUGGAUUGGUCACAUAAUCCCUCAAGUAGCCAAAACAAUAUUCAGACAGAAUUGAAUAGCCACAGAGCUCUACUCUCCAGAUAUGGUAAAAAUGAAGCCUGUAAUGAGAGUGGAAGUAAAAAUUUGCUUAGUGGCCAAAAUUUAAAAAAAUUAGGGCAGUUGUAUGAUACACUUCUUGAUGAUAUGGAGAAAAAAGCUGUUAAUCUACCAGAGAGUAAAAUGCUUUACAGGACUUCCACUGAAUUUAAUGAAAAUAAUUUAAUGGUUACUGAUGUAACCAUUUCAUUUCCUGUUGGCAACAUACAUGAAGACUUAACUACAGCAUCACAACCAGAUAGUAAGAUUUCAACUUUGGAAUCUUAUCCAGUGCAUGGCAGCAGAAGUACAGUACGCAAGGAUGAAGCGUUGGAACAUCAGAGUGAUGACAGUUUAAAAAUGGGAAAGUUCUGUGGAUUUUGUAAGCGUAAUGGUGAGAUGCCUACUACAUACUAUAGUCAUUCCCUUAGAGAUUCAAGUGGACAUUUAACAUGUGAUGCACUGAGAAACUACACUUGCCCUAGAUGUGGUGGAACUGGUAAUAAUGCUCAUACAAUUUCUUACUGUCCAAUGACAACGAUUAAGGUCUCUUCAUUAGCAACAAAGCUGAAGAUGACAAAGCGAAAUGCAGCCUCAGUCAGGAGUUCCCCAUCACCAUGAGACCUUAGCAGUAUGUUAUUGCAUGCCAGAAGAUUGUGUGUUUUACAGUUAUCAUUAUCCCUAUCCCAUUGUCUGUUUUCAUUAGGUAGAGAGGAAACUGCUGGAAAAGUUUCAUAGUCUAGGAUGGUAAAAGUUAAUGAGUGACACCCAGUUUUUCACAUUAAUAUAAUCAUAGGAAACUAGUACUGUGCUACUUCACUAAAAAAUCUUCUUUGUCAUUAUUUUAGCCACAUUACAGUAUUACAUAAACUUGAUGUAAUAGUAUUCUGUAUGAAUACUCAUAAACACUGUGAAACUGUAAUUGUUAAUCAUUCGAGCUUUAACAAUCUGUGCUUUCACUCCCAUUCAUUGAUAUUAUUCCCAUGAAUAUAAUUUCACAUUUUCUCUUCUCUUUUGUUGUAAUUUUCUGCACUCAAACUUGCACUUUACUUGAUUUUUUCAUCCCUCAGUUAUUUAUUUAUUUUACAUGACUAUUCUAUUGUACCAAAAUCAAACUUUUCUCAGUCCUUUGUUGUGUUUUCACACUGCCUAUCAUUUCUUCAUUCCUUAACUUGUUUAUCCUAACACUACUCAUGGUUCACAGUAUAUCAGUUUUCAUUGCUCUAAUUUGUUAGUUUUCAUGUUCAUUCCUAUCAGUGUUUACUGUACACCUUAUAUGAGUUGAAUUUUUUUUUUCUUACCUUUACUUGGAUUUUUUCAUACACAUCCCAGGUAUCUUUCUGCCCUGCCCCAUAUUUAAAUUUACCAACAUUAUUUUUUCUCCAUUCAAACUACUAUAUUUUUGCACAAAUGUAUAUUUUUUUAUACCAUUAAUUUACAUUUACUUUUACUUUGAACCAUCUUGUCCUACACACAUAUACAAGACUUUGAAUUAUACUAGAUAUACAUCAUUCUGUGCCAUAGAAAUGUUAUCCACAGAUACAAAAUCUUAUAUGCUAAAGUUAUUCCUUUUUUUUAUGCACUAAUUUCAAACCAUUCUGAAUUUCACCCACUUUGAUAGAUCACAUAAUUUCACCCAUAUAUUCAUUGCAUAACCAACUGAGGAACCUAUCACAUUAUUAAUUUUCAAUUAUGUGAGUGAUCCAAAAGAAGUGUAAUCAACGAAGCUCAGUGGGAACAGUUUGUUAAUUAAGAUUGAGUGAGUGUCAGUUAUGAUUUUGUGAUGCUUCACAUGAAGUACAUUUAUACCUAUUAUAUAUGGUGUGAUAAUAUUAGUUUUAAGUGAUGUCAUUAAGUGAGAGGUACACCAGUGUGAAAGAUCUUUUCUUUUAUUCCAGAGACGUACCUCUUUACCCCAUAAAUGUGGGAAGUGCCAUUCAUGAAUAAACUCUGCAUUCUUUUGUGAAUAUAGCAUAGCAAAUUAUUUUAGUAAUAGCUUAUCACAUAACCUGAGUAACAGCCUGUGACACUAUUAUAUAAACCUAGAUUAAUAGUCUCAGUGAAAUUACCUAAAUCUUACAAUUGUAUAAAAUUAUUGAAGAAAAUAUAUAUAGUACAGCAUGUACUUUUGAGUAUUGUAUCAUGUUAUGAUGAUCCAUUGAACAUACUUGCUGUCUUUUUCAUCUGAGGUAUAGCUAUAGGAUUCACACUGACAGAAAGGUAAUUUGGGACUGGCUAAGAACUGUAUAUCGUGCUUUAAACAUUAAUUUUAGGAAGGGAAAUGUUGCUGUUUUAGUUUAGUUGACUAGCUUUACAGCUAUUUUUGUCAUCUACAUUUUCAUGUUUUCUUUCUCUGGUUCUGUGUGAAGAUAGCUCUCUCAAAAAGCUCCUCUAUAUACAGUACUGCAUGUUUUUACAAAUGCAAUUGAGAAAGUACAUAGUACAUAUUGUUAAAUUUUUUAUUCACUUUUUUACUCCUAUUUACAAAAAAAAAAAAAUGCACUUUGUAGAGGAACUUUAUAAUUUAGCUGAUUCUAAUUACUUAUUUGCCAAUAUACAUGCAUGCUUUUACCCAUUUGCAUAGCCAUUGCAUAUUUAUAAUUUACAAGAAAUGAGCUAUGCUCCUAAUGUCUCAUCAUCUUUUAUGUAAAAUGUACUGUGAUUUUUAAAAAUGGCUGUGCUUCAGCCAGCUGCAACUCUGAAGAAAUAUUUUCAGUUUAAAUUUUUUAGCAGUUUAAAAUUUUUCUUUAUUUUUAAAUUAGUGACUUUCUUGUUAUUUAUUUUAUAGUAUAUAAAAUAGUGGAAUGUUCUCAACAUGUUUUUGUUGAUAUUCUUUCUUUUGGAGUAGUCUGUUCCAGUCAAUUUUUAGUGUCUAAUUGUUUAUCUAUCUAUUUAUAUUUCAUACCUUGCUCCUCUUGCAAACUUAUCUUGAGUAGGGUAACUGUUAACAUAAUUGCCUCAGAUUACUCUAAGCAUGAUCUAGAUUGUUCUGUAUCCCUUGUGCCAUCAUAAGCUCUACUGGGUGUCUAAUGUAUAUACAGUACUGUAUAUAAAUCUUAACUUUUCUUCUCAGUGAUGUAGGUAAUCUGCUCUUGUCUAAACCCUGUACAUACUUCUGUGUUAUGUCUUCCAUGGAAGUUCACCUUCAACAAUUUUUUUUUCACUAUUUACUGUUCAGUAUUUCACAUACACUUCCCUCUAUUUAUUCCUCAGCAUCUAUUUAUACCAAAUGAAUAUUCAACAAUUUGAAUUUUAAGAUUUAUUUGCCUCAAUCUGAUUCACUCUUUGCAUAACACAAAUAUUUAUGUUGGCAUCUGUCUUGUUUCAUAUUACUAAACAUUCUGUAUUAUAAACUUUCAUUGUUUUCAGAUUUUGAAUUCAUCUCUGUUGUUUAUGCUUGCUUAAUUGUGUGUAUAAUUCUCUUUUUGCUAUUACAUAUUUGAGUUUGUAGCAGAAGAGCUCUUGGUCCAGCCUCUAAACUUUUGACUGACAUGUGAAAUAGACACUGGUCUGUAGUUGAGGGUGUCUUCUCUUCCUAAUAUCUUUAUUACAUGUUUUUCCUUCCAGUCAUCUGUUUUACACCUAUUUCUUAAAUAUUUAUGCUAGUAGCUUGCACAGUAUUUCACUUCCUUUUAGUAUUUGUUGAUAUUUUGUCAGGUCAUGUUGUCUUUAAUGUGUCAUGUUUCAUCAAAAGUCAUUACUUGCUUAUAGUCAUUUCAGUAUUUGAUAGCUCUAUCUGAUUUAUCCUCCCUUCUGUCUCUUGUAAUAUUUCUUCUGACGUGACUGAAGUAGCCUUAAUUCUGCUUCCACCUUGGCUGUUAUGGGUAUUGUAUAUUGUUUUUCCACUUCUUUCCUCACCUGAAGAUAUUCGUCACUAGCUCUUCAGCAAGCUUUCCUGGCAUCUGACACGUAGUUUGUUCUGGACUUCUUCCAUGCUCUUUUGUUCCUAGCAUUUGCCUCCUUUCAUUGAUGGUUGUAAGUGAUUACCUAUGUGUCUAUUUGUGUUUUUGUUUGUACAUAUAAAUACAUGUGUUUUCACAUACGUUUAUAGUACAUGUAUAUACCGUAGUAUUUUUUUUUUUUUUUUUUUUUGUGGCCGUUUUUCACUAAGUACCUCUUGAGAGAGAGACCUUGAUAUAGAUGAUGGGCUUUUGAUCCAGGAAAUAUAACUAUACAUUUCCUUGGAUCAAACCAUCAAUUACUGAUUUAGUGUUUCCCCCUGAUUAUCAUAAAGAAUAAUAAUCCAGCAGGGUGACCCAAAGGCAGAAACUCUUUUUUUUUUUU